AACGGACCCCAUCAUCAUUUACCCACUUUCUCCCCCAAAUUUAUAUUCUCUCUUAUCUCUCUCUCUCUCUUUCAUAAUUCAAUCGAAAACCUCACCGAUCAAAACAUAAACUUUCUGAGAUUUGAUCAUUUGGGUCUCCCUAAAAAUCCCACCUUUUGAUCUUUCACCUCAUGGGCAACAUCACCAGCAGCGGCGGCGACGGUAGACGCCGUAGAACACGGCGGAGCAACACCCUUCCAACGACAACCCCUCAACCACCACCACCACCUCCUUCUCUUCCACCACCACAACCUGAAAUCCAACCUAACCGCAUCGUCUUCGCCGCCGCAACACCGUAUCCAAACCCUAAUUACCAAUACCCUGGCUACUACCCUCCUCCUCCUCCUCCAGGAACCAUGCCGGUUCCGUACAACCACCACCACCACUACCCUCCUCCUUAUCACCACCCUUACGGAAGAUACCCUUACGGUGGACCCAUGAUGCCUCCACAGCUUCCCUGCGUCGAACAUCAGAAAGCCGUGACCAUUCGUAACGACGUUAACCUAAAAAAGGAGACUUUAAAGCUCGAACCCGACCCGGAUAACCCGGGUCGGGUCCUCGUCUCCUUCACGUUUGAUGCAACUGUCUCCGGAAGGAUCACAGUCAUUUUCUUUGCUAAAGAAACAGAACAAUGCGUCCUCACAGCUACAAAGGAAGACACUUUACCACCAAUCACAAUGGAUUUCGAGAAAGGGCUUGGUCAGAAGUUUAAACAGCCUCCCGGUUCCGGUAUAGAUUUGUCGGUUUUCGAAGAUACUGAGCUGUUUAAAGCGGUGGCUGCGGAGACAGAUGUGUAUCCUUUAGCGGUUAAGGCGGAAGCAGUUACUUUAGAAGGAGAAGAGAGUGUGGAGGAGUGUAAGAAUGCGCAGAUUACACAAGCGGUUUAUGAGAAGGAGAAAGGAGAGGUUAAGAUAAGAGUGGUGAAGCAGAUACUAUGGGUUAAUGGAACUAGGUAUGAGUUGCAGGAGAUUUAUGGGAUUGGGAAUACUGUUGGUGGUGAUGAUGGUGAGGGUGAUGAUGAUGGUAAUGAUCCGGGGAAAGAGUGUGUUAUUUGUUUGUCUGAGCCACGUGACACGACUGUUCUUCCUUGUCGACACAUGUGUAUGUGCAGUGGAUGUGCUAAGGUGUUGAGGUUUCAGACAAAUCGAUGUCCGAUUUGUAGGCAACCUGUUGAAAGACUUUUGGAGAUACAAGUUCAUGGUAAUAGUGGAAGUGGGAACAAUACUGAGCAAGGAGGAACAGGUGAACAAGAGUAGACAAUCACGGAUAGAAUGGACUAUCUUCCAUGGACCAUUUAUUAUAUGUAUGCAAUGUUUGAUCCAUGUGUUAACAUGUUAACAAUAAAAACGUCCUGAUGAUUGUCAAUUUAUAAUAUAGAAGUUUCAAAGUCUUUUUGAUUCAUAAUCACUAUCCUUCAGUAUUAUUGGAUACAAUAACAAACAGGC